CCCUAAUGUUCUGAAAUGUCAGGUUAUGACCGCAACUAUAACAACUAUCCGAAUGAUUUAAGAGACACUUACGACCCUUAUAGGGAUCCAUAUCAAACUAACGACCCUCGCCAGUACAAUCCGCCCCCAUAUUACUCCACAACCACCGCGGAGCCUUACGUAGCCAAAUACGACCACAUAGGAGACUUCACUCCAUUUUAUAUUGCCAUUACUUUUUGUGCUAUUAUUGGAAUCAGCUUGUUUAUUUUGAAUAUUGUGCUUGGGUGCUGCUCCAGUUAUUCAGAGUAUUGGAAAGAUAGGCAUACAGGUAACCGUUGGAUAGUCUCCCUCUGGACCGCCACCCCCCAUAAACAACCACCCCUGGACCACACGACUGAACUACAAGAAAUUUCAUCGAAAAACCACGUGGUUUACUAUCAUCCUCAGGUCGAAGAACAUCCGGAAGGAUCAGAACUUCUAGAGGUUAGAUCUGAAUUAAGGUCCGCAAGGGAGAGUGAAAUUUAA